AUGGCCAAAUGCGCACAUCCCGACUGCUACUGUCAGCGCUAUGAUGGCAUUGAUGAUGCCGACGUCGGGCCAAAUGACCCACAGUUGUGCCGUCAGUGUAAGCACAUCAAGACGGCUCAUCCCGAUGGAUCAGAGCAGCGCUCCGAGGGACCGCCAACAAUUGCUGCACUUCUUGAUGGACUGAAGAAUAGGUCAGGUGUUGCAAGCCUACCUGGAUCCAGAAUCCGUACAGCUGCAUCGUCAUCCACUGCAGCCAUCCAGGUCUCGGUUGAGGACGCCGUGAAAGAGACUAACUCUGGUCUCAAGCGCCAACCUAUAGACACCAUGACCGCAGGCCCCUCUAAAAAAGCCAAAGGUAUCAAGGCGACAGAUACGAGUCAAGGCAAAAUCAUCAAGAUCGGGCAUGUCAUUCUCCUGCCCGAUGGCAUGGAUGAGGACGGUAACCUAAACACAGCGCGGGGUCCUACACAUCCUCAGAUUGCUCGCUUCGUCAAGUAUGGCCUUGCAUGCUCACACAAGGAUGCAUCACUUGAGUUCCGGACUGGGUGGAAUGUGAAGCGCAUCAAUAUGUGGUUUGCUCAACUUCUGCCUGAGGCAUUUGAAUACAUGCGCACUAAGGUAGACAAGGAUGACGUACCUUGGGUCCUCUGCGAGCGGCCAUCUGCAAAUUCCCUUGCUAUCGUUGAUGAUACACCUGUUGAUGGUGAAGUCCUGAAUGAAUAUAAGGGUGGAAAUGGGCGCAAAUGGACCGAGCGCAAAUUAUACAUAGCAUCAAAAGUUGAAAUACCUCAUUCAGUUUACACCAAUAAUUGGAUCGCACCAGCGGUGGAUGCUUCGGAUGAUGAUGCAUCUUCUGUAGGUCCCUCCGAGUCCGAGUUCCUGCCGCAAAAUCUGAAGGGAAAGGGGAAAAUGGUACCCAGUGCCACAGAGACCCAUCACAAUGCCGUUAUCGAACUCUCAGACUCAGAGACACUACCCACCGUCAAGGAGAUCUUGGCUGCUGCUGAAUCGGGCAACAGCCCACCACCUGCUAUGGUCGAAGAACUACUUGUCAAUGGGUCUGACGAUAACGCAUCAUCGAGAGCGAACUCACCUGCAGUUGAGGGCAUCAAUGCUCCUGGAGCCCCCUUGGACGUAGACCACAGUAAUGAUGCCGACCCAGCUACUGCUGCGGGAGUGAAUGAUGGUAUACACGAAAAGGACUGGGAAGCAGUGUUCAUGGCGCGUGGGUCAGAACACAAAAAUCCGUACCUGCAACUCUCCGAUGACCUCCUGGAGACGAAGGACAACCCAUGGGAUAUUGACUAG